AGCGAGCCUCCGUGCUCGGCUUUCUGUUCCUCAAGCCCGUCAGCCCUGCCUCUCUCUCCUCUCUAGACGAGGCAGGAUUGUAGCUCACUAUAUAACUCGCAGAGAUCAUCUUCCAGAAUGUCGGGCGUACAGGUGUGAAAUACCACUUCUUUCUCUCUCCUCCUCCAUUUCAUUUCAUGUAUCCAUUUCUAGCUCCAUGGCUUUGUCUUUAUUAUCAUUUCUAAGCAUGAAUAACAAAAUAUUCUACUCAAUAAGAUUUUAUUCUAUUUCUCCUCCUCCUUCUUGUAAAUGCAGAGAUUCCAACAUUUCUUCUUUUUUCCGUAACGGUGCCUCACAGCUCCCUUAAGGAGACACUUGAGGGCUUGUAGGCCCGCGUUUGCUGUUUUGUGCAUGCCUGACCAGACUUAGAAAGGGGUGUGGACGGGCACUGUUGUAACAUGGGCUGAGAAUUACCCUGCGAGGGAGAUAACGAGCGCUCUAGGUCGGAAAGAACUGAUGGAGACCAGGGCGCUUGCAGAGCCCAUAGCUACCCCCUUGACCGUUUAUCUCCCAGCCUGAAGCUCCUGGCAGAUCCCAUCAGCAGCCGGUUGCCCCAGCAAGGUUGGAGAUGGCAGUUUCUCCCAACCCCUGCCUCUUGGAGUGUCUGCUCACGCUCAUGGUCCUGCAGCUGCCCACGCUGGAUUCAGCUCCCUUCGAUGUGACCGCACCUCAGGAGCCAGUGCUGGCCCUAGUGGGCUCAGAUGCGGAGCUGACCUGUCGCUUCUCCCCAAACGCGAGCUCGGAGCCCAUGGAGCUGCGGUGGUUUCGACAGACCAGGUCGCCAGCGGUGCUUCUUUACCGGGCUGGCCAGGAGCAGGAGGACCAGCAGAUGGCCGAGUACCGCGGGAGGGCCACGCUGGUGACCGACGGGCUCCCGGAGGGCCGCGCUACCCUGCGGAUCCGGGGUGUCAGGGUCUCGGACCAGGGGGAGUACCGGUGCUUUUUCAGAGACAACGACAGCUCCGAGGAGGCCGCUGCGCAUCUCAAAGUGGCUGCUCUGGGCUCCGAUCCUCACAUCAGUGUGGGAGUUAAAGAGAAUGGACAGAUCCAACUGAAAUGCACCUCCUCGGGGUGGUUCCCAGAGCCAGAAGUGCAGUGGAGAACUCCCUCAGGAGACAGAAUUCCAGUCACAGCAGAGUCCGGGAAUCGUGACGAGGAAGGCCUGUUCACUGUGGCAGCUUCAGUGAUCAUCACAGACAGCUCCAUAAUGAAUGCGUCCUGCUGCAUCCAGAAUCUCCUCCUUGGCCAGGAGAAGGAAGUAGAGAUCUCUGUACCAGCUCCCUUUGUGCCAAGGCUGACUCCUUGGAUAGUAGCUGUGGCUAUCGUCAUACUGGCCCUAGGAUUUCUCACCAUUGCGUCCAUAUUUUUCACUUGGAGACUAUACAAGGAAAGAGCCAGAGAGCGGAAGAGUGAAUUUGGCUCUAAAGAGAGACUUCUGGAAGAACUCAGAUGCAAAAAGACCGCACUGCAUGAAGUUGACGUGACUCUGGAUCCAGACACAGCCCACCCUCAUCUCUUUCUCUAUGAAGAUUCAAAAUCAGUUCGCUUGGAAGAUUCGCGUCAGAUCCUGCCUGAUAGACCAGAGAGAUUUGACUCCUGGCCCUGUGUGUUAGGCCGAGAGACCUUCACUUCAGGGAGACAUUACUGGGAGGUGGAGGUGGGAGACAGAACUGACUGGGCCAUUGGCGUGUGUAGGGAGGAUGUGGUGAAGAAAGGGUUUGACCCCAUGACUCCUGACAAUGGGUUCUGGGCCGUGGAGUUAUAUGGAAACGGGUACUGGGCCCUCACCCCACUCCGCACCCCUCUGCGGUUAGCAGGACCUCCUCGCCGGGUUGGGGUUUUUCUGGACUAUGAAUCAGGAGACAUUUCCUUCUACAACAUGAGCGACGGAUCGCUUAUCUAUACGUUCCCCAGCACCUCUUUCUCGGGCCCCCUCCGCCCCUUCUUUUGCCUGUGGUCCUGCGGUAAAAAGCCCCUGACCAUCUGUCCAGCUGCCAACGGGCCUGAGAAAAUCACGGUCACUGCUGAGGUCCAGGACACCAUUCCCCUGUCCCCGCUAGGGGAAGGCCCUGCUUCUGGAGAAGCAGAUACCCUCCGUUCUAAACUGAUCCCUUUCUCACCUAGCCAAGCGGCACCUUAACGGCUGUUCCAGCUCCACCAUUUCCUUCCCUUUGACUACUUCCUCACUAUGAAGCUUCAGUCGCCAGUUUCCUGGGGUCCUCUUUCUUGCUGGGGUCCUCUUUCUUGCU